AGAACAUCGAACUUCUCGCAUGUCAUCUGUUGACGACGACAAGUAUUCGUCCACAAUUGGCGGAUUACGAAACGCCGUUCCGGCUGCCGAAGCCCGUCUGAAGAAGACCAAGAAGGCUUCUUAUCAGUCUAAGUGCGAGCGCUUCAAGCGUCACUGGAAAGCACUCAAGGAUUGCCUGUCCUUCCGACGCCGCCGUAGGUAUGACGGUGCGAAGUUCGGAAGCACCGGUUAGGUAACCUCCGGCUACGACUCCCCUACCGCUGAGCUCUCCGUGUAGGGGCGAAUAAUGCCGCCUGCGAGGCGCAAAUUCACCAUACACGAGGCUGAAACACUCUUUCAAGUUUCGCAAAAUAAGCUUCAAUCCGAGCCUGGGGUAAAGUCACAUUACCUGAGCAGUAGGUGAAUGUUGAGGGCGAAGAGUCUACAAGUACUUCACAACCAUCGCCUUCAAUUCUGCAAACGAGCUACGAAAGUUAUGUCUCUCUUUCUCAUUCUCUUCAAAGCUUUGCGCAGCAUCACGAAGUUGUCGAUGGUUAGAAUGCGCUUGAAGUGACAUUUCUCAUAUUCACGUCAACCGCGCACGAGGUAUAAGAGCAAGAGCCCCUUCUCCAUGCACAAAU